AUGAACAUUUACUAUAAUUUAUUUAUUGUGCUUCUUCUUAUAAAUUCUGUGCAUCUUUACUGUGGACCAUACAAUGGACAAAUAUGUAAGAAAUAUUCAACUGGGUACGUAUGGUAUAACCAUACAGGAGGUUUUGACAAUGAGAAAAUCACAACGGGAUUAUGGAAAGAAAUGAUAUCGAAACUAAAGGAACCCUGUCGAAGUAGGGCUGAGAAACUUCUGUGUGCCUAUGCAUUUCCCAAAUGCAUAGAUAAAGAUGGAGUUGGUUAUUUUGCCUUGCCACUUUGUUUAGAAGAUUGUAUGGCAGUUAAAAUGCAGUUUUGUUACAAUGAUUGGAUAGUUAUUGAAGAACAAAAGCGACGGGGUGUUUUCUUUGAAAAUAGAGGACAUUUUCGGUUUCCAGAAUGUGAAAGUCUACCCAAAUUUACUGGAAAAGGACUGCAAGUAUCAUGUAACAAUGUUGGUAUUACAAACAUGGAUUACAGUCAAGUUACAACAACAUGUUACAGAGACAAUGGACGGUAUUACCAGGGCACUAUGAAUGUUACAGAAUCUGGAUUAGCCUGCCAGGCAUGGGAGUCACAGUCCCCUCACCAACAUACUAGACCACCCUUAGUAUUUCCAGAAGUUCAGAACGCCACCAAUUAUUGCAGGAAUGCAGGAGGAGAGGAAAGUAAGCCUUGGUGCUACACAAUGGAUCCCAAUGUGCGAUGGCAACAUUGUGAUAUUCCAUCAUGUGCCAACACUAGUGAUGAAUUUGACAAUAGAAAUGGACCAAAUAAUAUUGUUAUGGAGAACUACUUUACACCUACAUUUGUACUGUUGCUCUCAAUUGGUGGCCUUGGAUGUGUCUUGGCAAUAGCUUCAAUAGCUUUAUUAUGCCAUUAUUUUGUUAAAAACCAUUACUCCAAAUGUAAUAUAUCAAGCCGUAGAAACAUACCUAAUAUGGACAUAGAUCUGGAUAAAUUACCCAGUAAUUUAGCUUACCAUACAACUGGUGCACAAUUGAAUCCUAAGCUUGAGAAAUUGGAGUUUCCAAGAAAUAAUAUUAUAUACAUCAGAGAUCUAGGACAAGGUGCUUUUGGGCGAGUAUUUCAAGCCAAAGCCCCUGGACUAAUACCUGAGGAAGAAUUCACACUGGUUGCUGUAAAAAUGCUCAAAGAUGAGGCUUCCCAUGACUUGAAACUAGACUUUGAAAGAGAAGCUUGUCUGUUAGCUGAUUUUGACCAUCCAAAUAUUGUAAAACUACUUGGUGUAUGUGCUAUUGGAAGACCAAUGUGUUUAUUGUUUGAAUUUAUGGGAAAGGGGGAUUUAAAUGAAUAUUUGAGAGCUUGCAGUACAGCUACCAAUUUCCCACCUUCUGUUGAAAACAGAGAGGAUUUGAGAUUGCUUGCAACUCCUCUGAGCCAUUUAGACCUUUUACAUGUUGCUAGACAGAUAGCUUCUGGUAUGGUUUAUUUAUCAGAUAGAAAAUUUGUUCAUCGAGAUUUAGCCACUAGAAAUUGCCUUAUCAAUGAUGAUAUGGUAGUAAAAAUAGCAGAUUUUGGAUUAUCACAUAAAAUAUACUUACAAGACUACUACAAGGGUGAUGAACAUGAUGCCAUCCCUGUGAGAUGGAUGCCUUUAGAGAGUAUACUGUACAAUAAGUAUACAUUAGAGUCAGAUGUGUGGGCUUAUGGGGUUUGUCUUUGGGAAAUAUUUUCAUUUGCUCUUCAGCCAUAUUUUGGCAUGACACAUGAGGAAGUAGUAAGAUUUCUUAAGGAUGGCAAUGUUCUAGCAUGUCCAGACAAUACACCAAGGUGUGUGUAUGAUUUGAUGAAACAGUGUUGGAAUCACAGUCCAAGUGAUCGUCCCAACUUUAGAAUCAUCUACCAAACACUGGACAGUAUUCAAAUGAUUUUGGAAAGAACUCAUCCAGAAUAA